CGGCGAUCAAAAUAUAUCGCCUGUUUUAUGCCAGUCGCUUUGUGUCGUUACGUCCGAUCGGCGUUUAUUUUCCUCGCUAAUUUCUACACACGGUGAUUCACUUUGCGAAUUCUUCGGCGCUGCAAGAACAAAGUCGCGCAAAAAGUUCACAAGCAAAAUUAUCCGCCUCGCGCGAUAUUAAUUGGUCCACUUUUGUUUUCACUGUUCGAUAUGUGUGCGCAGCAGAAUAUUAUAAGAUAUUUCAUUCCACUUUUGUCUCUAAUUCAGAUUGCUCAAAAUGGAAGUGCGUCGACGUUCGUAUCGCUGUCACGUGACGGCAAGUCAUGCGCGCGUAUGGACGAGUGUUCUCGGAAUUCGCCUCGUCGAAGGAUUUACAAUUGUGAUGUUUAUUUACUCCUCGCAUCGUGUACAUUGCAAGGAUCAUCCGAAUAUCCCUCCUCAAAAUGCCCUCUUAAUGCCCGCACGGCCUCAGCCUCAGAAUGGAUUCAACCGACACACCGUGAUCGAGAUCGCAGAAUCAUGAAUCUAAUCUUCCUAUUACUGGCAACUUGUGCCUUCGCGCUAUUGCUUCUCGUUCACGCAGCGAAUCUAAAUGGAUACCUGGACGAGAAGUUAAAGCAGUCCAAGAUAGAAUUUAUUAAGAUUCACAUUCAAAAACAAUCGCCAGUGCAGGAAAAAUCGUACAGGGUACACUGGGAUAGAUCAUGGCGAGUGUCCUUAACGAGCGAGCAUCAGCCCUUUACGAUAAAUCUAUUCGACAGGAUAUGUAUCCUUGACGAUAAUCGGAUGAUGGCACCCUCCGUUAACGAUACCUUUUCGAACGAGACCUUGACGUUACGUGAAAUCGGUCAAAUUCGAUCAUAUCGCAGCGUGAAAUUUGUUAGGAGUAUCUUGUGGAAAAAUACCAUCUAUAUGUUGGUGUGCUACGAGCUUUACCUAUGCGGUCUGCACACGAUAACGCAAGAUAAUAUAUUGCGAUUCCGCCAUACAAUCAGGCACCGGGGGAUUCCCGUGGACGCGAAAUUUUUCACGCAACGCCAUCGACUCUACCUGAUCAUUGCGAAUAACGGCGACAAAUUUCCCAUACCAUCUGCGAUCUAUCGAUGGAGCGGUACGUACAUGGAUGUCGUCGGAGAGGUAAUGGCAGUUGGUGCAAAAUCGGUCACCGCGUUCGAGUACCGGCAGUCGACGAUUAUUGUCUUCGCUCAGUACGACGCCGAGGAUCCGCGGGUCGGUUCCGAAGUAUACGAGUUUAAGGGCAAGGAUAUCGCGAAGAUACAAUUUGUGUUCACCGCGCGACCGACCUCGGUGCAUCACUUUGUCCAUGGUGACUUCAACUUUAUUUUCAUGAUAAACCAGUUGGAACCGAGCAGCUUGCUAUGUUGGGAUGGACGAGAACUGCUCGAUUGGUUCAACUUCCCAGAAAUCGAGUCUCAUAGUCUAACAAGUAUCUUUCAUAUGGACGGCAAUACCUUCAUAGUUGUAGCGCACGACAAUAUCGUUCAGCUAUAUAAGUUUCAUAAUACAUCCAAUUUGAAGAAUGAAGACACAAAACGCUUCAAGGCUGACCAAAAGAUAGUCGACAUAGCAGUGUUAUUAAACGCGUACACCGUGACUAUGAUGCUGGUGAUUAAAGAGGUCGAUGCGUACUGGUUGGAACAAUGGGAGGCUGAAAUAACUCCUGUACCAAUGAGCAGUGUCAAAGAAGAUGUCGACUCGACGAUGGAAUGCUUGAAGGAACUGAUCGAAGUGCUCCAAACAAAGAUGCCGGAAGUAAAGAAGGCCAAGGCUUCUUGGGAACUACUCUUGCCGUUCGACGAAGACUUGAUGAUAUCAAAGCCGAUGCGCUUCGACAAUAUGAUCUUACAGGCUGGUACAGUGGACAGCAUCGAAGUUGUCACCGAAGAAGAAGACAUUUUGCCACCUCAUCAAAUUGAGCAAGCUUUGAACCAACUCAACUUCGACGUCGACAGCGUUCUGUCAAAGUGGCAGAAAAUGGUGGAUGAACAUAUGCAACAGGUGUUGAGCGGCAACACCGUGAUUAACGAUGGCUUCUUGGAAGAGUUCAAGAUCGAUCGAAUGAACGUAGACCUUGUGAACGACGUGAAAUUGAAGGAGACGAUUCUACCGGAGGGUGAACAAGAAUUCAUAAAUCCACUGCGAGCGGAAAGCGUUUUUACUCACGUGCUUGAAGUUGAUUCUCUUUGCGGAAUACCGUCCCAAUAUUGGACGUUACGCAACAACACGAACAUGUCACUUACCUCAAAUGGUCCAAUUGAAUACUCGAAUGACUCUGUUAUAGUGCAUUCCGAUUUGACAAUAGAUAAAUUAAAAACUAAUAGCUUGAACGGAACGAACAUUGAACAGUUGCUUGACGACCUGUUCAUUAUCAAUGAUCGUCAGGAAAUUAAAGGUCAAAUCACAUAUAGGAAUUUGAGAAUUCAGAAUCUCACGACGCAGAUGUUAAAUGGUGUUCCCGCCGAUAAACUCAUGACAAUCGCGACAAAUCAGAGUUUCGACAACUUUUCAGUGAAAUAUUUGGAUAUUGGUAAUCUGUACGUGGAAACAAUCAACGGAGUGCCCGUCGAGCAAGCUGCGCGCAAAUCCCGCGAAAACGUUAUUAGAGGUAAAGUGAAUAUGGCUCGACUCUACAUCACGGAGAAUUUUACAGUCGACGUGAACAAGUCUCUGAUAAUAACACCCAAGGAGCGUCCAAUUCAGAUCUAUCAAAAUGUCACGAUAUUGGGCGAUUUGCAUCUUCAGAACAUCAAGGUCGGUCCAUCAGCGACGCUCUUUGUGGCAGACAAUCCGGUGAACGUGAGUGACAUAUUCAACAGCUUCUGGACGAAAUCCAGCGAUCAGACGAUCGCUGGUAAGGUCACCUUCAUGAAUGGAUUGACGAUCGACAAACUCAACACGAAAUAUCUCAACGGUUUCAUGGAGGAUGAUUUCCUGUACACGACAAUGAAGGAAAUACCGAACGAGUUUACUAAUCUGCACUUUGAGAACUUUCAUGUGAACGAUUCUUUCCUCCGGGAUAACAAUAACAGCACUUUCUUUCACGCCAGUUCAAAUAAAUUAGUGAUUAAUGAAAAAUUACACCUGCGGAGUUUCCGCGCGGAAGAUAUCAUUACUCUCGCUUUCAACGGGAUGAGCGUAGAAAGUAUCAUGAACGGUAGCGUUCCGAACUUCAUUGGAACCCAGGAAUUUCCCGCUAUUCAAGCACGCCGAGUACUUGUCGACAACCUCACUCUUCGUUUUCUUAACGAUCACGAGAUACGACUGGAAGAGGGACUUCGCGUCGACGACGAUCAUGAUCUGUCUAACUUGAAGGCACGUGAGUUGCAUGUAUGGAACUUAGAGGUUGAAAGACUAAACACCGUUGAGGUGACACGCUUGAAGGAUCUAAUGGACUCUAAUUCGAGCAGAAUCGUUAUUGUAGGCGAUUUGACAGUGGCGAAUCUGACGGUUGAUCGAGUAGGCGAGGAAUCGACUGAUAGUUUCUUGGAGAAAUUAGCGCAGAAUGAUAUCGUGAUAAAUACAGAAAAGAAAAUCGAGAGUCUGCUCGCUCGAAACGUAACACUAAAAUCUCUUUAUGGUCAAGAUUUCGACAAUUUCGUCGAUAGCGUCCUUACGAAGUCGACGGUUCAAGUGGUACCGGGAUACUUUUCGGCUCAUGUUGUCACUUCCAACAACAUCACUACAAACUUUUUCAACAAAUAUAACAUUUCGCAGCUGAUGUGGAUAGAUGAGCCUCUGACAAUCGCAGGGAAUGUGACGUUCACCGACUUGUUCGUCGAAAGUGACGUUAUUACGUCUUACUUGAAUGGGCAACGAGUGAGCGAGUUAUACGAUAGUCUAUUAUUAAUCCCCGCGCAAGAUAUCGACUUGCUCAAGGUGAACGGAAGUGUCUUCUGGGAUACGCCAUCGUACAGUCCUAUUUCCAUAUCCCAUCUGUUAGAAAAAGCCGUGACCAAGGAUGAGGACCAAAUUAUCACGGGCAACGUAACCUUUGAAAAGAAUGUUAACGCAUGGGCAGUUACUGGCCCAUUCAGUGUCACUGAACAAAUCCGAGAUAUAAUAAUGGACGCCGUGAUCGACUACGACGACGGCGAGUCUGUCGAAAUCAGCGGAAGCAAGAUCUUCGAGGACGAUUUCAUCACAGACAGUCUGAAAGUGAACAGUGAUCUAGGCAUUUGCGAGGUCAACCAAAUGAACAUCAGCGAAUUCAACAAUUCGAUCGUUAGGAAGUAUCGCGAGGACACAAUCGUCAGCCCGUUAAUCUUUAGCAAAGACAUCAGAAUCGAAAAGCUGCGUGUGAACAAGCCUGAUCUCAAUGCGUCGGUCAGUGCAGCGGUGCAUUUCGCUGACGUUUUGCCAAGCAAUGUCUACUUCGAGGAUCUCAUGGUUUUGGGCGACGUGUAUCUGACGAAUCUAGACGGGAUAAACUUCAACACGUUCGUGAGAAAUCGCAUUACACUCAGCGGUAAUCAUGAUGUCUGGUGCAACUUGAAAUUCAAUAAACCGGUUAAGGUAACAGGUGAGGCGAACGUAAAAAAAGUUAACGGAAUUGAUCCGUCUGAUUUUGUUCUAAACGACGUCGACGAGGUACAAAUUAUAUCAGGCACAAAAACCUUCGAACAAAACUUGAUAGUUCAAGGUAGUGUUACUGCGACACGAAUCAACGAUAAAAAUAUAAGGGCGGAAUAUGAACAGGGUGUGUUGAACGAUGAAGAUGUCGAUAUUUAUGGAAAACUCAUGUUCAAAGCAGAUGUUCAAAUUUGGGAAAUGAAUGUAUCCGGACUGGUGAACGACGUGAACAUACAUUCUACUAUCAUCGGUGAUCGUAAAAAGAAGACUAAUGAAACACUUCGGAGCCUAAAAGAAAACGAGGAAGACAUCAUGCGAGACAUCACCUAUAGUUCCCAAGUUUUGGAGACGUUGAGCAAUGUUUUCUUUUACCUGGAGAUGGAAGAGAAUCCAAUGGUGUCAGCAUUCAAUGUAACUAACGUCGACGUGCUGUACCUCGAGGAAACGACCAAGCUGAACAUAGAAGUCGAACAGCCCGGAAGCCGAUGUGGAUUACCAAACGAUUGUCCAUGUGUUAAUCAGUUGGUGGUCGAGCUGUCGAACGAGACUAAACCAAUACGACAAAGGAAAUUCGGUGAGAUUGUAAAGAAUUUUUACGAUCCAGAUGGCAUCUUCGUUAAUGUGGUGACGGAUACAGUCUCGAGCAGCAAACGAUGCAGCUCGACGAGAGUCGAAGAAGAAAUGUUCAUUACAGUUUCCUUGAAGAAUGAUAACUCCAGGGAGAUUUUGCUUUCCUUCGAUAUGUCCGAUGAGAUGGCAGGAUACUGGAGAGACGCCAAGAUUUUUAAAUAUGAUGGCGAUAUAUACGUAAUCGUGGCAGUGUAUUACAAUAAAACACAAGAAACGCAUCAGACGAACUCGUUGUUCUGCAAAGUGGAUGUAACAAGGGAAAAAGUGACGUUGAUUCAAAAGAUCCCUACGAAUGGCGCUUGGUCCAUCGAAGUCUUCGAGACUGAUCAAAAUGAAGUAUUUCUUCUCGUCGGUUGUUUCGGCGAGUUCUCGGAGUCCUUAUUAUACGAAUUCGACACGGUCACACAACAGUUCAAACAGAUUAGAACGUUCGCGAGCAGAAGUCGUUAUAUAAAGAGUCUGUCACAGGGAACGGAUCGUUUUAUCCUGCUGGACAAUCCUGAUACGAACGCUGUGGACAUUUAUAAAUAUAACUCUGUAGCUCAUAAUUUUCACAUCUGUCAGAGUAUAUUUCAUGAUAGCGAAAUUAACGGCAUCGAAUCGUUUUACAUCGAUGAUCUUGAUGACAGCGACGUAUUUGUGAUUGUCACAACAGAGAGUGGACGAUUCUACAUAUACGAAUACAUGUUUGCCGGGAAAUUCCAAAUGAGAUUGCAACAUGUCGUGAACGGCUUACGAACGAUGAUGCCAUUCUACUACAUGAAUCGUCAAUACAUCUUCGUCGGUACACGCAGUAACAGCACAAUUUUCCAAAUUGUGCAACAAGGUCCACAUUAAUAAAAGAAGUUGUGUUAAU